AUGCAGUUUUCGCGCGCAAUUUGUCUGGUCUGCAUAGCGGCCUAUUCCCCAGUAUUGAGUGCUGUUUUAGCAGAAGAUGUGACAGUAACAGAGACAGUGCUUGAAACAGUCACUGUUUCUGAACCUUGGGAGGCAGCAACCAGCCUACCGACGAGUGCUACGGCAUACUCAGCAGUGGCCGAAACAUCAACAUCACCUGCUGAAUUGCGGUUAGACACCCCCACAGUGUUAUUGCCAACGAGCUCCUCGGCAUACUGGUUGAUUCCAGGACCAUCACCGAUCUUAGGCGCAGAGACAAGCACUUCGACUACUAUUACACCACCGGCAUAUACUUUAAGGAAGAGGGCAAAUCCUCCAAAGUCGCCGGCCAUAAUCGCAAGAGCCCCUGCUACAAUCACAGUAACUUCGACAUCAACAGUCACAACCUGUCCUGUGUGUACGAACACACCAACUACUACUUCUACCAACACGCCAACAAUAACACCCCCUGAAACUACACCAACGACAUCCACAAUAACCAGUACUCCUGUCACCACGCCGACAGUAGGACCAGGAUCUACUGUAACUACGACUGUGACUGUGACAACCACUGCUCCAGGCCCUACAGAGACUGACACUGUCACCACGACUGUCGGCUUGCCAGGCACCACGGAGACAGACACCCUCACUAGCACAGUCACUAUUCCGGGAACUACGGGAACAGAUACUGUCACUACAACCAUUGACUUACCUGGUGCCACAGUGACAGCCACUCAGAGUUCAACCUCAACCAUUACUAUCACGGCUACCACAACUCAGUCAGGGACUACCUGCGCUGCAACUCCAGGCGAUGGAAUAACCCAAACCACCACAGUUACUGUUAGUUCUGAAGGUGCAACGACCAUGACAUUGACUCAGACAGUAACUCUACCCGCCACGACGGUGUCCAACGCAGCUACGCUUACAGAAGCUACAUCGGUAGCAAUGUCAGGGUUUACUUUAACAGUCCCUGGUUCAACUGUAACUGAGACGACUACAUCAACCAAGAUCACUACACAAACUGUCACUGUUUCUGGGAGCACAGUAACAGGUAUCACGACAGUGACUAGGACCUCAACAUCAACAGUCACUAGUCCUGGAUCAACCGUUACAGGCACAACCACAUUAACUAAGAUUUCGACCUCGACACUUACAAGUCUAGGAGUGACAGUUACGGAUACAAUGCCUGUAACGGAAGGUUCUAUCCAGACCAUCAGUCAGAUUCUAACGAUGACGGCCAUCAAGACCGAGGUCUUGCCUGGGACAACCGUGGUAGAUUCAAAGACGAUUACCCUACCUGGGACGACAAUAGUCAACUCGAAAGCUGUGACGCUCACGGUCCCAGGAACAACUGUGACUACUAUGAGGACAAUCACUAAAUCUGGGACAACGAUGACUAUCUCGGAGGUAGUCACCCUUCCUGGUUCCACAGUCACGACGAUAGAGACAGUUCCAACUACUCUCUCCGGGUCAAUCAUAGUCACGACAACCACUAAGCCAGGACAGACGAUUACCAUGUCCGGAUCUGUAACCACGUUGCCUGGAUCGACUAUUAUCCAAAGCAGUACUCUUCCUAGCGUGACGACGACGGAUCUGCAGGUCAUUCCCACAACACUGCCUGGAGCAAUGAUUUUGACCACUGUUAUGCGGCCAGCAAGUACCAUGAUCGUAUCAGGAACUAUUACUACUCUACCAGGGUCAACUAUUGUACAAAGCGCAACUCUCCCUGGAUUGCGGUUAGUCGAGACUGUAUCAGUGACUGUCAUCCAGAGUACUACUAUUUUCGAUACAGUAACGUUGACUGGCUUUGAUAAAACUAUAACAACCACAGAACCGGCUGCAUCUACGGCUCAGAGCGGCAACACUGUAACAGUUCCUACAACCACCACAACGUUAUUCAUUUGUCCGACCCUCAGCAUCAAUCCCACUUACACUCCGGUCGCUCCUCUCCCAAGGAACUAUACUUGGGGUUGUCCACCAGGUUAUCUUUGCAAAACCAAACACACAGGUGCCGACGCAGGCUGUAACAUCGAAGCCAGCAUGCCGGCAGAGUCCUAUGUCUGCAGUCCAGACGAGUGUAUCAAGAGCCCGCCAUUCAUCCACGACCAGUACUGGGGCACACCUGUCGAGUCCAACGAGAUCCGUUCAUCCUACAACAUCUCAAAGGACUACUUCAACCUCGACCCUGAGAUCUUCGGUCUGAACUACUCCAUCUUUCGGAUCCCCGACCUCAAACCCGGCGAUGACCAUUACUACAUCCGGUCUUCUCGCCGAACGUGGAGCAAAUUACUUGCCCGGCAGUCAAUUGGAGUAUCCACAGUACCUGGCGCUUGCUAUGACGAAUGUAACGAUGCAGCAUUGGAGGUUGAAUCGACCGGCAAGACACCCGACAUAUGCAACGCUGGGUCGGCUUUCAAUGUCUCCCUGGGCCAAUGCGAGAAGUGCUGUAAUACCCACAAGACAGCUACUUCUGCCAGCUUUGAGCAAAAGGUUCUGCCAAACUUUCAGCAGUUUUUGAACUUUUGUGAGGGGUUGGAGGACUCGGCUACCACUGCAGCUGCGGAUACUGUCGGUUCGACUACUAAGGGUAGUCAGACAUCUACAACGCCAGGAACGACAUCCACGCAGGAAGGCGGUACUAUGUCACAGGCUGAUCCAUUAACAGCGUCGUCUACCUCGAAUUUUACCGGCAAGGCCACCAAGAGUCGUGAUAAAUCAAGCACGGCCGCAUCUGCAACCUCUAUUGAACAAACAAUAAUACCCUCACCAACCCAGCAGACAACCGCACCGCACCCAAUGACGGAAUCGAAGCCUGUAACCGCGAGUGAGAUCAGUACGGAUACUAUCUCCAGUUCAUCAUCAUGCUCAGCGACAGGUACCUCUUCGAGAGAGACUGCACAAAGUUCUUCCGCAAGCGAGAACACUGGUAACAGCGCGGCUACUUCAACAUCUCACAGACCAACGAGUACACAUUCCGGAGCAAGUCCGUCUGCACCUGCAUUACUUUUCACAGGUGCGGCAAGUCUCCAGACAGUGCCAUCUCACUGGGGUAUUUUGGCUUUCAUUUUUGGAGUUGUGGGUUUCCACAUCUGA